UAAAAAAAAAUCUCUCACGGCUCUUGUGAGGAGGUCAAGAGCAGAGACCCAAACCUGUUCAUUUGCUUAUUCUUCUCUCAGUCUCAGAAAGCUGUCUUCUUUUGGGCAUUUUGAGCUGUUUUUUUCCUCUGGACACUGUCAAGUAGAAAACACCAAAUCGAUAUGGACGAGGCAGAGAGCUUUGUCCCGUUUCAAGGUAUAAAGAAUGAUGUCAAAGGGAGACUCAAAUGCUACAAGCAAGAUUGGAUCAGUGGUCUCAGAGCUGGAUUUAGGAUUCUGGCACCAACAACUUACAUAUUCUUUGCAUCCGCGAUUCCGGUGAUUACAUUUGGAGAACAAUUGGAAAGAGAUACUGAUGGGAAGAUCACAGCUGUUCAAACCUUAGUUUCAACUGCAUUGUGUGGAGUGAUUCAUUCCAUUAUUGGAGGCCAGCCAUUGUUGAUUCUUGGUGUUGCAGAGCCUACUGUUAUAAUGUACACCUUUAUGUUCAACUUCGCCAAAAGUAGACCGGAUUUGGGCUCUAAUCUCUUUCUCGCUUGGACUGGAUGGGUUUGCUUGUGGACGGGGCUGUUGUUGUUCUUAUUAGCUGUAUUAGGCGCUUGUGUCUUUAUCAAUCGAUUCACUCGACUUGCCGGGGAACUGUUCGGUAUCCUAAUCGCCAUGCUUUUCAUGCAAGAAGCCAUUAAAGGCAUUGUGGAUGAGUUUGGUGUCCCCGGAAGAACAAAUCCGAGAUCAGCUGAGUUCCAACCUGCUUGGGUGUUUGCAAAUGGAAUGUUUGGUUUGGUUUUGUCUUUUGGACUUCUGUUUACCGCACUGAAAAGCCGAAAAGCAAGGUCUUGGAGAUUUGGUGCUGAAUGGUUGCGCGGGUUUAUAGCAGAUUACGGUGUUCCAGUGAUGGUGGUUGUGUGGACUUGUGUAUCAUACAUUCCUUGGAAAAGUGUUCCUCAAGGAAUACCAAGACGUCUAGUUAGUCCUAAUCCAUGGUCUCCCGGUGCAUAUCAGAAUUGGACUGUCAUUAAGGAAAUGGUGGAUGUGCCUGUGCUUUACAUUCUCUUGGCGUUUGUUCCAGCGUCAAUGAUUGCGGUUCUUUACUACUUUGACCAUAGUGUAGCUUCACAGCUCGCACAGCAGGAAGAUUUCAAUCUGAGAAAACCUCCUUCUUAUCAUUAUGAUCUGUUUCUUCUAGGCUUCUUGACAAUCCUAUGCGGUCUCCUCGGGAUUCCUCCAUCGAAUGGUGUCAUCCCACAAUCUCCAAUGCAUACAAAAAGCUUAGCAACACUGAAACGCCAGCUACUUCGAAGCAAACUCGUGGCAGCUGCGCGCAAAUGCAUCAGAAACAAUGCAACUUUAGGACAAGUCUAUGGAAGCAUGGAAGAAGCUUACCAGAAAAUGCAGAGCCCUCUGAUACACCAAGGGCCUUCUCGGAUUCAAGGGCUCAAACAGUCACAAAUGCAAAAGGCUUCAAGCUUAGGAGACGCAGACACACUGGUCAAUGAAACAGUGUUCGAUGUAGAGACUGAGGUUGAGAAUAUAUUGCCAGUAGAAGUAAAAGAACAAAGAGUAAGCAACUUUCUCCAAGCUAUGAUGGUGGCUGGAUGUGUUGCAGCAAUGCCCCUAAUCAAAAGAAUCCCAAGCUCGGUUCUUUGGGGUUACUUCGCUUACAUGGCCAUCGAAAGCCUCCCAGGGAAUCAAUUCUGGGAAAGGAUCUUGCUUCUCUUCACCGCCCCAAGCAGGAGAUUCAAAGUUCUUGAGGAUAAUCAUGCAGUGUUUGUUGAAACGGUACCGUUUAAGACGAUGGCGAUGUUUACUCUGUUUCAAGCGGCUUACUUGCUGGUGUGCUUUGGGAUCACGUGGGUUCCGGUGGCCGGAGUUCUGUUCCCGUUGAUGAUAAUGUUUCUUGUUCCGGUUAGACAGUACGUGUUGCCUAAUUUCUUCAAAGGAGCACAUCUCCAAGACUUGGACGCUGCAGAGUAUGAAGAAGCACCUGCUCUCUUAUCUUUCAAUCUCAAACCGGAAGGGGAAGUGAGCCGUGCGACGUCGUUUGCGGACAGUGGAGAAGUGAUGGAUGGAAUGUUCACAAGAAGCAGAGGAGAGAUAAGGAGGUUGAGCAGCAUAAAGCUCGGUGGUGGCGGAGGAAGUGGAUCGGCGGGUGGUUCGCCGGCGGGAGGAGUGGAGCUGAUGAGACGAGUGGUGAGUUUUCAGAACCCAAGAGUGUCGGAGAAAGUGUAUAUACGGAGCUUAAGUGAUUUCAGAGGAGGAGGAGGAGAGAUAAGUCCAAGGUCGCCCGCCGGAAGAGCUCCGCUAAGUCCACGAUUCGCCACCGGAGGAGGAGUAGAACAGAGACUUUCUAAUUUGGGAAAGUCUGUGUAGUAAGCUAAGCAGUGUCCAAUUCCAUAUAUUCCUAUCAACAGAUUCCUAAGCUAAUUAAGUUACUUCAUUUGUUUUUCUACUUUGAGAUUUUCUUAGAUGAAAAAUAUCUCCGAAAAAAUGGGAAAUAAUUCUGGGC